UGCUAAGGAGAAGAGAGGGGAAGAAAAUAGUUCUCCAUUUAAUUCAGUUCUGACUAAAAUAUUUUAAGUACGCGGUCGUUAAAAGAAGACAGCACUUUACGGUGGCUUCUAACAUUCUUUCCGAGGAUGUCGGCUUCAGCUAUCUUUAUCCUGGAUUUGAAGGGAAAGGUGCUGAUAUGUCGGAACUACAUGGGGAACAUGGACAUGGGCGAGAUCGACCACUUUAUGCCCAUCCUGAUGAAGAAGGAGGAGGAUGCAGACGUUUCACCCUUACUGACACACGGUGCAUCACAUUUCCUGUGGAUCAAGCACAGCAAUCUCUACUUGGUGGCUGUGACAAAGAAGAAUGCCAACGCUGCCCUGGUGUAUUCUUUCCUCUACAAAAUAGUGGAGGUUUUCAAGGAGUACUUUAAGGAGCUGGAGGAGGAGAGCAUACGGGACAAUUUUGUCACUGUGUAUGAGCUGCUGGACGAGGUCAUGGACUUUGGCUUCCCCCAGACGACAGACAGCAAGAUCCUGCAGGAGUACAUCACACAGCAAGGGCACAAGCUGGAGGUGGGUGCCCCACGGCCCCCUGCAACCGUUACCAAUGCAGUGUCUUGGAGGUCAGAGGGGAUCAAGUACAGGAAGAAUGAAGUCUUUAUGGACGUUAUCGAGUCAGUCAACCUGCUGGUCAGCGCCAACGGCAGCGUCCUUCGCAGCGAGAUUGUUGGCAGCGUCAAACUCAAGGUGGUCCUCUCCGGGAUGCCCGAGCUGAGACUGGGCCUCAAUGACAAAGUCCUCUUCGAGAUCACAGGCAGGGAGAAGAGUAAGACUGUGGAGCUGGAGGACGUGAAAUUCCACCAGUGCGUGCGCCUGUCCCGCUUCGAGAACGAUCGCACAAUCUCCUUCAUCCCACCUGAUGGGGAGUGUGAACUAAUGUCCUACCGCCUCAACGCAACGGUGAAGCCUCUCUUCUGGAUUGAGUCUGUGAUAGAGAAGUACUCCCACAGCCGCGUGGAGAUAAAGGUCAAGGCUAAAAGCCAGUUCAAGAGUCGGUCAACCGCAAACAACGUGGCCAUCAUGAUACCGGUGCCCAGUGACGCCGACUCCCCCAAAUUCAAGACCAGCAUGGGCAGCGCCAAGUGGGUGCCGGAGAAGAACGCGGUGCAGUGGAAUAUCAAGUCCUUCCCGGGGGGAAAGGAGUACAUGAUGCGGGCUCACUUCGAGCUGCCCAGUGUGGAGAGUGAUGAGCUGGAGGGGAAGCCUCCCAUUACGGUCAGCUUUGAGAUCCCCUACUUCACUGUGUCCGGAAUCCAGGUGCGCUACCUGAAGAUCAUUGAAAAGAGUGGAUACCAAGCAUUACCAUGGGUGCGAUAUAUCACACAGAGUGGAGAUUAUCAGCUUCGGACAAACUAAGGGCAUGCUUGCAGGACGAAUGAAUCUUGAUGCACUCUGGCACACUUUCUGCACCUUGAAGUGAAGACCGUAGAGGACGAGAGAGAAGACAUAGAUCAGCAUCUCACACACUGCAGUCUGGCCACAGGACUCUGUUACUUUUAUACAGUGUUGGUUUGCUCACCACAAAGAAAUUCUUUUGUGAACCUCAGUCAGAGACAUUUAGCAGACAUGACUAAUGUGACAUUGUUAUUUCUCGCAUCAUUCAGAUGUAGAAGUCUUGCUCUGAAGUGUUUUUAGAAGGCUUCGGUUUUCAAGAGUCCAGAACAAACUGAAGCUGCACAAAGUUACUCCUAAAUGGUAGGUGUAUGACCCAGUGGAUUGUACAGUAAUAUCCUUGUAGGAUUUGUACAGGAUGAACCAGUUGAUGUUAUCUGGAAUCAUUGCUCUGGGAGCUCUCGCUUUAACCUCAGCUGCAAUGCAAUGUGCACCACAGUGGCGAGAUCAAUGAUUAACAAAAGCACAAAAAAAACAUUGUUUCAGCAGCUGUGUAAUACUUUACCUGUGGUUCAUUUUUUCUGAGUGUGGAGUUUGUAUUUGCAAUGACUGUGAAACAACAAUGAAUGUAGAAUUUCUGUUUUUUUGUUUCUCACUUGAAGAAAGGACAUUCUUCUAACAGCAGUGAAAUGACCCUAUAAGAGGGCGCAAUAUGAAAUGAGCUAUUGGAAGGUACUACUGUUGGAACAUUUCUCAGUUUAAAAUCAACAAGCUUCUUCCUGUUGCUGGAAGGUAAUCCCCAAUUGGACAACGGUCUGAAAAUACACUCCCGCAACAACACUUCAUUAAUAAUAAAGUGUAGUGAGGCGUAAGCUGUUGUUGCGGGAACAUCUUUUAUUUUAGGAGCUGUUGAGACAACCAUUAUAACUCUCACUUCAAAAUGGGCACAACAACAUAGACAUGAAGAAGGCUCAGGAACACUGGUUGUUGUGGGUAAACAUUUAAGAGACACGGUGCAUGCUACAGCCAGUCUAAAAGGCAGUUGUGUUCUAGUACUGUGUGUUUUUAACACAGCCUGUCUUGUCUGGAACUUUGAAGUUUCACGUUUUCUAAAUUUUUCUGUACUCUUUUUUAAUGUUGCUAUUUGUAUGGUAAAUGGACAAAAUAUGAUUUAUGAUUCUCUCCUGUUGAGCAUGCAAUGCACCAGUCUUGUCAGAUAUAUUUGUUUGCCAACAGGAUACACUUGGAACUUGGAACUGAAAAGGGAACGGUUUUUACUGGUGAUCAGGCAAUAUAAAGGGAUUGGUUGCACUAAUUUGAUGUAAAAACUUUAUUUAUAAGGGUCAAUGCUUUUGGUUACUUCUAGGUAAUUAUUGGGUUACCUCCGAUGUCUACACUUGUUUUAGUCAGUUCCUGUGUUAUUUAUAAAUGCCUGCACUGCAGGGAUGUGGGAUAUAGUUGGUCCUUUUCAGGAAAUAAACAACUUUAAUAUUACUUUGUCACAAUGUUAUUUUUUCCCCUCAUAGGAUGUUGUGAGCUCAUACAUAUGAACAAUGAUUCUGAAUACUUAAGAUAUUUUAUG